CCAAACCAUUUCCCGCUCGUCUACUAAUGAACACUAUUGAACUGAUACAUAACUAAUGCACUAUCCCGAGAGGGCAACUCCCCACCCGUAGCAAAUAUGCUAUGUUCUGCCAAUUCUGAUAAGCAAAUAAUCAAAGAAAUUGCGGUGUGGCUAUAAAUAUAAAACGACGUCUAUGACCUAUCAUCAGACAGUGGAAGAUCGUUCGCUACUAACUACUAAGGAGUUUAGUGUAAGUGACAGUGUGAGCAUAAGUGCAAGUUUUUAUAGUGAUCAUUAGACACACACAGUCAAGAUGAUUCUGGUGGACACAUGCGUGUUUCGGUUAAGAACGAUUUUAGUGAUCGGUUUAGUGAUCGCGAUGAGACAGUGCUCUGGGCAGUUAUAUCGAUCAGAGAGCGCUGAAGUAGGUCGACGGGUUAAAAACUAUGACAGCCAAAACCAGCAGCAGCCGGCACACGAGCUUGGCUUCGGGUAUUACUACCAAGGUGAUAUUAUGCUGCCGACCGAGCCCAAAGGCCAGGACCGGCUGUCGGUGGCCGAGGAGUACACGUCCACCGUAUGGCCGAACGGGAUCGUACCGUACUACAUCGCGCCGAACACAUUCUCACUGAACGAGAUCUUCACAAUCGAACGCGCCAUGCAGGUGUUUCACGCGAAAACGUGCGUCCGGUUUGUGCCGCGGAGGCCGGAAACGCCGUACUUUGUGCAGAUCACGAACCGACCGACCGGCUGCUAUUCGUUUAUAGGUCGUUCAUUAAACAACACCCGGAAUUUGAUGAAUCUGCAGACGCCCGCGUGUCUGACCGGCGGUACCCCGAUGCACGAGAUGAUGCACGUUCUCGGCUUUUUCCACGAGGUGAGCCGGCCCGAUCGGGACGACUACAUCUACGUCAACCGAAGCGCCCUUAUACCGAAAUUUCAAACGGAUACGUUCUAUGAGAGCAAUUUGGCUAAAUAUGAUCAAUUUGUAGAGACAUACAACAUUGGCUACAACUAUGGCAGCGUUAUGCAUUACUCGCGGUAUGCGGGCGCAAGCGAUCGUAGAUAUCCGGUGCUGGUGAACCGGAAACCAUAUGAUAAGCCGGACUUUGGCAACAACACGCUCAGCCCGUCCGACAUUGAGGGCAUCAAGUUUCGGUACUGCCGCAAUGCGAGCGGUAUCUAUAGGCUCAACUGGUUGCAACAGAUUCCCACCACCGUCCUUGGAUCACGACCCGUUUGAGAGGAUAAAGCAGA